UCCAUUCUCCCUCCCGCCAAUGUUCCAGACGCCGGAGACGCCGAUUGCACAAAAUGCCUCUUUGCCUCAUCUCUCCUCCAUCUCCAUUCAUUACCUGCCGCGUGUCUCCGGCAGCUGUACGCAACCGCCCUCUUCCUCCUCCUCCUCCUUCUCUGCCUUCUCUUCCACCGCCGCCCUCCCCAACCCUCACUCCAUCUCUAACGUGCGCCCUCCAGUGUCCUCACUUCCAGUCUUGCUCCGGUUGCACCGAAGAAUUCAAUCUCCACCGUCCCCUUAUCCUCGACGAGGUGGAUAGAUUUUUCAAGGGCCAUGGAGUUUCUGAUUUCUCUUUUGAUAGCUCUAGAUUGUGGGGAUGGAGGUGCCGCGCGAAGCUCGCCGUCCGGGGUUCAUCAAUGGACCCGCUGAUUGGGCUCUACCAGGAGGGUACUCACAAUGCAGUAGAUAUCCCCGACUGUAAAGCUCAUCAUCCAAAUAUUAAUGCUGCAAUUGAGCUACUAAGACGAGGGAUUAGAGAGUUGAAUGUUGAACCUUACUAUGAAGAUGAGGGGACUGGCGAUUUUCGAUAUGUGCAAAUGGCUGUUACAACACAUAACACGUCCCUUCCAGCCUCAGAUAGAUAUAGAAAUGGUAAGGUGCAGGUUGCUUUGGUUUGGAAUUCAAGAAAUGAGAAUUCACCAAAUUCAGAAAAGUUAACUGCCUUGGCUAAUUUUCUAUGGAGAAACGGCGGACCCAGGAGCAAUGUCCAUUUAAUCCACUCUGUAUGGGGGAACUUUCAGACUUCCACUAACAAUAUAAUUUUUGGCAAUAGAUGGAGGCACCUUAUAGGUGAAAGAGACUUUUGGGAACAUGUUGGAGGAAUUGACAUAUCCUUGGCUCCGUCCAGUUUUGGCCAGGCAAAUACACGGGCAUUUGAUGCAUUGCUUCAGAAGCUACAUAAGUAUGUUCCGCAAGGAUCAUCUGUCACUGAUUUGUAUGCAGGAGCUGGGGUGAUUGGACUGUCAUUAGCUGCUGCUAGAAAAUGCAGAUCUGUGAAAUGCAUCGAGGUUAACAAGGAAUCAAAGCUAUCUUUUGAGAAAACAGUUCAACGCUUUCCAAGCUUUGUGGAUAGCAGCAUCAGCUGGCAUCAUGCAGACGCUUCAGUGGAACCCCUUUCUUGGCUCAUGGGAUCAGACGUGGUGGUCGUUGAUCCUCCAAGAAAAGGACUGGAUCCAUCUCUUAUCGAUGCAUUGCGGGAUCUAUCAUCAGUGGAGCGCAAAGCUAAGUCAUCAUCAGAGAGUUUCGGUUCUUACUCAAAGGACAAAGAAGAGAAGAGACCAUGGAUUUUGCGUGCAAGGGAAGCUUCAGUUCAAAUUGGAAGUAAAGCCAUUCUGGAGAACAAUCAGUCACUGCCCCGAACUCUUAUUUACAUAAGCUGUGGAUGGGAAAGCUUCAAAGAGGACUGCAAGGCUUUGAUGGUUAGCAAGGAAUGGAGUUUGGAAAAGGCCCACGGUUUCAACUUCUUUCCUGGCACCCAGAGCAUUGAGGUUCUGGCUGUAUUCAAGAGGGGCCAAAGGGUGAACCUCAAGAAAAAGAAAUCAGGAAAGAAGAAAAAGAAACGUGUGACGAACCAGUUGUAGACUCGGCUGAAGUUUUGAGAAUGUCGAUCAUGACUCAGGCUAGUUACAUGUAAGAAGAUGAAGAAAUGUGCAGAAGCGGCGAAAAACAUAGGAAUGGUAUCACCGAAUUAGGCAUGGCUGCAUCAGAAAGGUUUCACUAUAUGCUAUUUGCUUGUUCGGAAUCUGGUAAAAGAUGAGGUUUUCAAUUUGCGGAAACAUGUGUAACAAACUUGUAAAUGAAUAAAACCAUGCUCCAUUUUUGUGCUCAA